GUUACUGAUUGCUUUUUUGACUCCAAUUUCCCCAAUUUCAAUCUCUCUAAUCCACUCAAUUUUGUUGCUCAGUCGUUCUCUUCAUCCCCUUCACUCAGUCCAUCAGGUUAUAACUAUGUGUAAGAGUUUGAUCUGUAUAUAAUGUCUUUUAUAGAAGAGUUUGAUCACCUCAAAAUUCAAUUGCAAGAUAUAAUAUCAGCUACCGAAAACUUUAGUACAAACAAGCUAAUAGGCCGUGGUGGGUUCGGACGGGUAUACAAAGGGGAACUCUUUCUCCCGGAGGGAAAAACCAUGGUUGCUUUUAAGCGGUUAGAUCGUAGAUUAGGACAAGGAAACGUUGAGUUUUGGAAGGAGAUAAUGAUGCUUUCAAAGUACAAACAUGAAAAUUUGGUCUCUUUAAUGCACUUUUGUAAUGAGGGUGAUGAGAUGAUACUUGUGUACGAGUAUGCUUCUCGUGGGAGCCUUAAUCGUUAUCUAGGUGACGUUAAUCUCACUUGGACCCAACGGUUGAAGAUAUGCAUAGGCGUUGCACGUGGGUUAAGUUACCUACAUGAUCCCAUGGAAUCACAACAGAGAGUUAUUCAUAGAGAUAUCAAAAGUGGAAACAUUCUUCUAGACGAGAAAUGGACGGCUAAAGUUUCUGAUUUUGGCCUGUCGAAAACCGGCCCUGCUAACCAACCGCAAACAUAUCUUAUCUCUAAUGUUGUGGGUACGCCUGGGUAUUGCGAUCCCUUGUAUUGGGAGAUGGGUUUUCUAUCGAAAGAGUCUGACGUGUACUCCUUUGGAGUUGUGUUGUUUGAAGUUUUGUGUGGGAGAUUAUGCUGCGAGUAUAGUGGUGGUGAACUAAGUAACAUUUUAGUGCCCAAGUGGAGACGGUGCUAUGAGGAGAAACGGUUAGAUGAGAUUAUUCUUGUUGGUCUAAAAGAACAGAUGGAACCGGGUUCUUUUAAUUCCUUUUCAGCCAUUGCCUAUCGAUGUGUGAAGAAAGCUCGUGAAGAACGACCAACGAUUGCUGAGAUCGUGAAACAACUUGAGUUUGCGCUAGAACAACAAGAGAUUUUUGAAAACCUUGUUAAGAGAGUGGAUAUUGCAGAACUGAUCAAGAUUGCAGACCUUGCUGUACCUCCUCUGUCAUAUGGAUCACAUAAUCAACUUCUCAUGCUUCUCUUAAAAGGUUUUCUUGUUGAUGAUGGCAAGAUGUGGGUAUCAAUUAAUAUAAGGGGAGAAGUUACCAAAACGGUAUCUGCAACAAAAUGUUUCUUUGGGGACAAUCUCGUAACCAAGAACGCAUAUACUGCACCUAACAGGAAAGCAAAAGUUGCAAGGUGCAAGUUUCCAUAUUACGUGUGGAAUGUGUAUAGCAAUCGUUUUAGAGUGGAAGUUAACUCUCAUUUUUUGUCACCACAUGUCACAUACACAAUUUACAUUGUGUUCAAAUAUUGUGGUAGAAGUAGUCCAAAAUACAUACCCUUUGAAUACAAAUUGGCUGAGGAGACACAUUAUUCUAGAUCAUGUAUUGCAUACGCCGAAGAGGAUGAUGGAUGGUUGGUGACUAAGCUCUAUCAGUUUACUAACCACCACGGACCACAAAAUUUCAGUAUUGACUUCUUGUCAAGGAACCAAAUUCCGUUAGACCAUCAGUUUGGUUUUGAAGAGGAGUUUGCGUUUGAAGGCAUUGAGUUUCGGCCUUUGGAGAAUGUGACUUGUGGAAACCAAGAGAGAAAAGUUAAAGUGGAGACCGAUUCGGAGCCAAAUUUGCUGAUGGAUUUUAAAGAUUUAAUUGAGUUGUCAAAAGAUUAUAUACAAUGGACAACCAAGAAGGAACUUUACUUUCUUCUUCGCAAAGGUUUCCUCAUUGACGGUGAUAAGUGGUUUUCUAUCAGCAAAAAUAUGAAGAAACGUCUUAUGAUACCUGCAAGUACGUUUCUGGAUACUACUGAUUGGAAAUGCAAUUCCGUACCCGAAUCACAAUCAAGAUUUAAAGUGGUAACCAAGUCCCUUAAGCGUUACAGUUUUGAAAUUCGUCUUAAAGCCGAUUCGAAAAUACUGUCACCUCAAACAAAAUAUUCAUGCCACCUCAUAUUCAAACUACCUGAUACCUACGCUUCAUUCGAGGGUCCGAUGGUAAUUGGAAUUGAUGAUGGCUACAAAUGCCAUUUGCUUCCAUUGUCAAUCUGUUUAAAUACUCAUUGUCAUCCCCCAAUUGUCGGAUCCCAUGGCGAUAAAAGAUCAACUCCCGGCCCAUUGCAGGCCCGCAAAAUGAAAGGCCACCCAAAGCAAAGGAAAGAUGGUUGGAUGGAAGUUCAGUUUUCAGAAGUUUCAGUUAGUACCACUGACAUAGUUUAUAAAUUAUAUGUGGAGGAAAAAAGGUUCAGAAGCAUGAAUUUUUUUGGCAUUGUUAUUGAAGGCAUUGAAUUUAGACCCUUGUAAAUGUCCUUUUUUAUAUCCUUUAACCCCCAUAAAGUUUUUGGACAUUGUUAUCAUUGUUGGUCUGAAACUACAAAGAACGGAAACAGAUUAGCCAAGGAAACGUAUUGAACGGAGCUUAUAUGGUGGAAUAACUGCGAUACGGACCAAGAACAACUCGUGGAUAAGUAAAGCUUCGGAUGUUAAAGACAAUCAUAGCAAUCUUAUAUGUGUUCUGAUGCUACAAAGGCGGUAUGAUGUCUGUAUAUUUAUGUUUCCAUAACAACUUCUUCGGUGGAUAUCACAUGUAUAAAUGCUAUUCGUGUCAUAUAAAAGGAAGGGGUGU